AUGUCAACCGCAAUGCAAGACGCUUCAUCAUCACUCAUGCUCCCUCCCCCAUUCCCAACUUCCAACCCAGCCACAACACUCGUCGAAGAAGCUCGCUUAACAGACGAAGACAUCGACUCGCUCAUCUCCUCCCUUCAACCUUCCACCGAACUUGACACUCUCCGCUCGAUCGAACUUACUAUCCGAGAAACUCAGCUGCGUCGACGAAAAGUAGAAGAAGAAACUCGAGCAAAGAUUCACGCUCUCGCCACUUGCCUCUCCGAUCUUCGUAAACAAUCAACUCGACAAGCUGCGGACUGGAGGAGUCUAGCACAACAUGCGGAAACUAUUGAAAAGUUGGACAACAAGAACUUUGAUCUGGCCAAAAAGAUUAACGAACAGGAAUCACAACUAAGCGCAAUGCAGACCGAAGUGCAAGAGUUGAAGCGAAUGCAAGAGGAAUUAGAGCAAGUGGAUGUUGAGGAUGAAGUUGAGUUGGACAAAGAUGCGUUAUGCCUUCGUAUCUUCCGAGGCCUCGGUUUCCUCCCAAGCAAAACCAGCACGAACGAGGAAACAACAACCACAGACGAAUGGUCAAGCAUCAUGGUUCGUUCCGAUACCCGCAAUACUGCGAUUCAAUUCGAUAUUCACACUGCACACUUAAAGCAGAACGAAAUCUCCCCGCUCAUUCUCGCUGAUCAGUUGUGGAAAGCUGCCGAAUAA